AUGUCGGCUCUGGGCAGCUUCAUGGACUAUCGUGCUCUGCACUCAAUAUCUCCAAUUUUGGCCGUUGGCCGUCCCAUUGACGAGGUUAAUCUGGCUGUGACGUCCUACUUGGCUGUCGCAACCAUAGCACCGACCUUGGUGAGAGAUACAACCGACGUCGUCUGUCGAAGACCCGUCUACUUGAUCGCGUUGACUCUCUCUCUCUCC